GGGGCUUUGUUCCCAACCCACCUGUACCUGAACGAAGGAGUGCAACUCGUCGUCCUCGUCCGACUCGAGGGCCACUUCCCCGUUUUCCUCCAGUAACAGCGGUAGCAGCAUUAGCGGCGGCCUCCCGGCGCCCAGGUAGACGUCAGCCAAGGCGGCGGGGAGCUGACUGAGCGAGUGGAGCAGCGCGCCGAGCAUGGAGCCGAUUACGGCCUGGAGCGAGGAGACGGUGUGCCAGUGGCUCCAAGGUCUGGACGCCCCCUUGGCUCGGUAUGCCUUGUCGGAGUGGCAUCUCUCCGGCAUGGAUCUGCUCCAGUUGACUUCGGAGGACCUGGAGAGGCUGGGAGUGUCCAAGAUCGGCCACCAGGAGCUGAUCCUCGAGGCCGUGGAGAACCUGUGCUCCUUGUCAUAUGGUGACACUGGGGAGAACCUGCAGGGCCUGACGGCAAAGUUGCGAAGCGUGGCCCACAACUUGCAGAUGGGCAUCCAGGGCCGCUGGCGCCAGAACAACUACGAUGGGCAGAGUGCCACCAAGUUGUCCACCAGUGUGCUUCACGCAGUGGUGGAGCUCAUCGCCACUGCCAAAGGACUCUUCUCCUUACUGAAAAGGUAUCAGCUCUCCCAGCUGAGCGAACGUUCGACCAGCAAGAAAAUCUUCAUCCAGUGCAAAGAACUGGGGGCAAUUGUACAAAAGAAACUUACAAGUGUCUACGAGAAGGAGAAGGACAUAAUCUCUGUGUGCCGUCAAUUGGUGGUAGUGUGCGACGAGAUCCUGACCUGCAGCCCAAAGGCUCUACUCACCAACACCACGCAGCUGGAGAGCGUUGACCUGGUGCCCGCUUCACCAGGAGAUCAGCUGGGCAUUGAGAUAACAUCCAUUGGCUCCAGUAACCACUAUGUGACCGGAACGGCAGCAGAGCCUUCAAAUGAUGUUGCAAAGAUCUUAGCUGGAGAUGAAGUGAUCAAAGUCAACAACCAGAUUGUGGUGGGCUGGAGCAGGGCUAAUCUCGUGAAGAAGUUACGGGAGAAUCCCAGCGGCGUCACUCUGGUCCUAAAAAGGUCUUCCGGCUCGCUGUGUCGCGGAAAUCCGGGCCAACACUUCUUCUCUUUGCAGGAGGAGGAGGACUACUACAAAGAGGAGAGUUCGGAAGAAGAGGGGGAAGAGGACAAUUCGAGGCACUCCAUAUUUGAGAGGGUAGCAGCUUCCGUCCGGUCACUGUCUUUCAGGAGAGCCGUUCAAGGGCCAGAGGUGAUUGAGGAGCCUAUGGGACAGGAGGAGUCAGAGCUGUCUGUCGACAAGGAGCUCGAAGGCAGGCUCACUCCGCAGGGCGCUGCAUCGUCACUGUCAGUCUCAGGAGAGUUUGAAAGUUUGGCUGGUUCGAGACUUUCCCCGGGCCUCACCCCGAGAAGAGACACGACGUCGUCACCAAGAAGCUUUCACCCUUUCGAAUUCUAUAGAGGUUCUUCACUGCAGGCACUUAACCAGGAGAGAGCAAGUGUCAGUUCCUGUCCUGAAAUGGUGGGCCAUACGGGACACCAAGAGACAAAGAAGAGUUCUACCAAAGGAAUGACGAUGUCCCUCAGUCGACGCCGCGUGUCCUGCCGAGAGCUGGUGCUGCCCGACUGCGACGGCUGGUUGUGGAAGAAGAGGAAGGAGAGCACCGUCUUCAUUGCCCAGAAGUGGCAACGCUUCUGGUUCGUCCUCAAGGGGCCGUCCCUCUACUGGUACACCAGCCAACAGGAUGAGAAGGCGGAGGGUUUGGUCAACGUUGCCAGUUACAACAUAGAGAGCGCUGGCGAGCACAAGAGGAAAUAUGUUUUCAAAAUGUGCCAUCAGCGAUUUCAAAACUUCUUCUUCGCAGCCGAUAAUGUCAGCGACAUGAGCAAGUGGAUUAACUGCCUCAUCACAGCCAUUCAGAAGCACAAAAAGCUGAGCCCAGGCCCAGACAGUGAAGAAGAGUGUUACAGUGAGACAGAAUCGGAGAAUGAGGGCUCCCCUUCACCCCGCAGGAGAAAUAAGAAAGUGCAGUCCAGCACCUUGCCUCGCCCCAAGCGCAUGACCAAUAUUAAGGUGGCUUUGCCAAGUCCUUCAACAAGGGGCAGCAAAGUCAUCCCAGAAGACGAGAUGGGCAAGAUGUUGAACAACAUCAAGGAAGGAGGCGUGUCCCUGAUGGGCCACGAGCAACCGUUUACGCACGACCACUUCAGGAGGUCGUUCAUCCGGCGCAACAAGAACCCCAUCAUCAACGAGAAAGUGCACACGCUCCGCGCCCUACAGAGCACCCUGAAGGCCAAAGAAGCUGAAUUACAGCAGAUCAACAAAAUUCUAGAAGGUUCCACAGUGACGACCUCAAAGUACCGCCAGUGGAAGAAGCAGAACGAAGAACUCGUUCAGGAAAUCGAGAGACUGGCCUCUCUUAGGCCCUCUAAAGUCGGAGACGCCGACACCGCCGCUGCCGACGUUGCGGCCCGAGACACGCCUGCCGACGAGGUUGCCUUGGAAACUGUCACCAUGGAAACAAGCGCUGCGGAGACAAAAGGCGCAUUCAGCCUGAACCUCAGCGACGGGGAGCAGCUGGUGGACGCUGAGCCCUCAGAUGUUCUCCUGGAGCUCUCUCAGGGCUCUCCGGUGGAAGAGACCAGCAGUCCCGGCUUGGAACUCUCGCUAGGCUCUCUGCAGGAAUCCAUCGACAAGCAGCUGAGCGAGAUGAGGGAGAGCGGAGAGACGGCCGACACUUAUUUCUACAUUUAAACACAUCUCCUGUAAUAUGUGUCACUACAGAGAGAAACAGAAGGACCUUUGUCAGUUUUGAAACAAGCAAGAAAGAUUGACUUCAAAGCCCUUUUUACACUGUCUUGAAUAGCCAGCAUUCAUCUGUGUUGCUGUAUAAAUGACACAGAAUCGCGGGGACGAAGUCAACCCAGAGGUAUCAGAGCCAUAAGGCUACGUUUACACUAUGUUGCCGGGGCCCACGGCAGCCCUGUUGCACAAAACGAUAUGGUAGUGAGACAAUGCGGCCUGGAUGGGACAAGAAAAUGUGAAAGGCCGUGAUUGCCGUGGAUGCCUGCGAGAUCGUUAAAUUGUUAAAACAUUGGCCACGGCAGUCACAGUGCGGAUGAGAAACCUCUCGUCGGCCAUAGUAAAAUGUGGUGCGCGCAACUAAACCUGACAUUACGUAAUAGUGCACAACACAACUUGGCGGCGGGUUAGAUGGGAAGCAUAUGUAUUGGUAUCAAAUUCACUUCACCUACAACUCUUCUAAAGCCAUGUGUUUAAUUUACCCACAAUGCCUGCCGUGGCAUACCUGUUUAUAAGCAAACGUGACAGGCUGUGAUUGCUGUGGAUGCCUGGGGAGAUUUUUAAAUUGUGACAGGCCCAGAGUCAGAGGUGUCAAAAGUACUCACACUGUACAUAAGUAUUAAGUAAAAGUACUGAUUGACCAACAAGAGUAAAAACUAUUUUUUACUGCACACAUCCAUCCAUCUUCAACACAGCUUAUCCUGGUUGCUUAUCCCGCCUGUGUGACGUUUGCAUGUUCUCCCCGUGCCUGCGUGGGUUUUUUCCGGGUACUCCGGUUCCCUCCCACAUCGCAAAAACAUGCGUGUUAGGUUGAUUGAAGACUGUAAAUUGCCCGAAGGUGUGAAUGUGAGUGUGAAUGGUUGUUUUUUUAUAUGUGCCCUGCGAUUGGCUGGUGACCAGUUCAGGGUGUACCCCGCCGUCUCUUGCCCAAAGAUAGCUGGGAUAGGCUCCAGCACGCCCGCGACCCUAGUGAGGAGAAGCGAUACAGAAAAUGGAUGGAAUCAUUUUGAUGCGUUUGCACAAUGGGGAAACAAAACCUCUGUACACUAAAUAGUCUCCUUUUAUUAACUCAAGCUUUGAAGCUAUCAAAAUCUAAUUAACUCAAAUGUGGGUUUUAGGGCCAAGAAACACAACUGACAAAAGUUAUACUAUAACCGAUGUCAUAUUUUCCAUUACAUUCACUCCUCUCCUUUCCUUCAAUAUCCCACAUUGGCUGGGUUCCGAUUGUCAUGGAAAUUGUUCUACACGUGAUCAGAUGAUCAUGUCGUGUCUCAUGACUUGGUGAAGCAGCACGUGGCUCUUUAUCCAAGGUUUGUUUUGAAUGUCCCUGUUCCAAGUACUGUGGUGCUUCGACUUACAAGUGGCGAGUUUUUUGAGACAAGCAGCAGUUUGGCAGAUGGCGGUUUAUUGCCAUUCCCAGUUCAAGAUUACUGGAAAAGUAAACAUAAAACAAAGAGAAUUACACAUUACUAGACAAAUAUUACUGCAGCUUCUUAGCAGCUGAGCCUUCAUUUGUAUACAACAUAUACUGUAUGUAUAUACAAGAAGAAGCCACACAACGAAUUAAAGCAUAAAAUCAUGAUGCUCAAAAUGUUCUUCACAUUCUAUUUUAUUACGUUACUACUGUACAGUCUUAUAAAUUACAAUACUGUAGAGGGCUAUUUUCUUAUUGAAAAAGACGUGACAAAUAUUUCCAUUCAUUUCAAUGGGGAGAGAUUAUUUGUUUGGGGUUAUUAACAUUGUCAUGGAACUAAUUCGUCAAGGCACCACUGUAAUUGUGAACAAUAUUUUUUUUGUGAUCAUGUGACAGCUCAAUGUUUAGUGUGAGUGGGACAGUAGAAGAGCCUGUAAACUGCACUCCUGUGCGCAUUUCUUGCAAGUAAUAAACUGCAAAGACAACUCUUAGUGGUUUCUAAGAAAAUAUUGCUGUGUCUUGGCAAAGUUUGCCAGAUGUCUGCGUGAAUAGAGGCUAAGCAGUGCUUUAUUUACACGUGCCUGUGAAAUAUAUAUUUCAAAAUUUUUUGGGGGUUCACAAGUUUUAGACCUCGACUUGUUGCAGUAUGUUUAUAGAUUGAACAAGUUGCCAAUCGUCAGUGUAACAAAUGUAUUGAAUUCCAUACGUCAUCAAUUUUCUAGUCAAAUGUGUAACAUAGGACAUGCUUUUGAAAAUGUGAUUUGUAAAUAUUGUUUUAAAGGUAUGUGCUGCAUGUGCUCGUUAAUUUGGAAAUAUUUGCACAUAUAUGUAUGUGUUUUAUUUUUUAUUUUAUUGUAUUUGUCCCAUAGAUGUACAGGUGGAUUUUAAUAAACCAGAAUAUAGUGGAAAAAGUGAAACUCUAUCGAUUCACUACACACAGAGCAAAUUAUUACUUAAUUUUAACAAAAAAAACUAAACAAAAACAAUUCACCAUAUUGAAAAAUUACAAUGUUUCAUAAGAAACAAUCAAAAAGGAUUUUUAAUACAGUAAUUAGAUAGGAUUGGCCUUGUGGAAAGUAUUUCAUUGUGUGUUUAAUCUGUUUGAUACAUGUUUCACUUUUUAAUUGAACAGCUGUACUGAAAUAAACUUUUUAAUUCAGAUUCAUUGAGAUGAACCUUUAUGUAUCAUACAUCAUGGUUAUGUAUUGCUUGUGAAGUAGUGACGUGUUUAAAAAGCUCCGACUGGCUCAUUUUCACUGGAUGAGUCAUUGCAUAAUAAAAACAGAGCGUCACGAUCACCCACGUUCGUCAACUUCACCCUCAUUUGUCAAUUUAUUCUGAAUGUAAUUAUACUGAUUUGCAUUCUUUCUUUUCGAUAACCUUUUAGAUUUUUUUUUUUUUUUUUUUUUUAAACUGUGCUGUAGGUUGUCAUGCAAUUUCAAAUGUAUAUGCAGUGUGACGUAACCUAGCAGCACUGUAUGUCAUUAUUGGUUAGAAUUAUGCCUUUAAAAGCAGAAUAAAUGAUUUUA